GCGACCUUGACCGUGGCGCGAAAACGACUUUCACCUUGACCGCAGCGCGAAAUUCAAAACAACAUGGCGGAAGGAGGAAUCGGCAGUACUGGGUUGGCUGCGUUGAUAGACGCUAUCGAUGAGCCAAACCAGUUUUUGUUUGAUUAUUUAUUAAGGCCUCAAUCUCGAAGAAGAUCGUCUUUAUUAUCAAGUGGCUGUCUUCUUGAAAUGCAGCCAGACGACCAUCCUCAUCAUGAGGAGUAUGCUGAAGUGAUUGUCCCUCGAUACUCGACUGAUGAUUUCCAAUCUCACUUCAGGUUGCACAGGACAAGCUUCGAACAGCUGUGUCAGGAAUUACACCAAACAGAUCCGAGUAUUGUCACUACCUUCUCUGGAGGUAAUACGCCUGUGUCCCUGGAAAAGUCGACUAUGAUCACGCUGUGGUACCUGGCAAAUCAAGAUUCCAUGAGGACCAUCAGUGUUAAAUUUGGAGUAGCCAAGAGCAGUGUCCACUCGGUCGUACACACGGUGAAUACCGGGGUCAUUGGAGCCAUUGAUGGUUGCCACAUUCCCAUUAAAGCUCCAUCAAGUCACCAGGAGGAUUACAACAACAGGAAAAUGACCCAUACAGUCAUCUUACAGGCAGUCUGUGACAGCCAUGGAGUGUUUACAGACUGUUUUGCAGGAGUACCUGGAUCAGCCCAUGAUGCGCGUGUUUUCAGCCAUUCUAACCUGUCUCAGUCUUUUCAAAGUGAUGUGGCUCAGCACUUUCCUGAUGAAAAGUAUCAUUUGGUAGGGGAUUCUGCAUACAUGUAUGCCCUAAAGAAAUGGCUGAUGGUUCCCUACAAGGACUAUGACAGUGUAGAGUCUGAUGACAGCUACGGUGUAGCAACUCCUCAACCCACUGGCAAUACCAGCAGUACUGCUGGCUCACUGAAGUGUGAUGCAAUUGCCAAUUCCUUAUAA